AUGAAGAACACUGGUCUUUCCUUUCCUAUCAUAAGAGACGCAAGGCUGAUUGUGGCAAUGUUUGUGUUAUUUGCAAUUUGUAAACCAAUUGCAGCUGAAGUUGAAAUCAAAGGUGCCGAAAACCUUGCCCCGAACUGUGAGCAAAAGAUUAAGGAUCUUUGUAAGAACACUACUCUUGGUGAGCUAACAGAGGUCACUGUGACGCCUCGUGAUUGCAAUGCCAUUUGCACUUAUCGACCUCCUGGACCAGAUACAGUGUUCGCUGGUGGUUUGAAUGUUCGGAACCGUAAUUAUGAACGAGUUACUCUGCCACAAGGAAUGCCGUGCGCUUUUGGGGCGAAAUGCGACAGCAAAGGAAACUGCGUAUGUAGGUUCUGCAACGACGGUAACAUCCAUAAAAAGCCCGUUUCAACUUAGGAAAUGCAGAGGUGCCACCGCCU